AUGUCGAUGUCGCUCCUACCUGGCGCAAGUGAGCCAGAUAUCAACAAAGGGCCACAAAUUCUUGGAGCAUGCGGUGCUGUAACAACGCUGGCUCUAAUAUCAGUGUGCUCUAGGAUAUUUGUUCGAGUUAGAAUGGUUAACAAUCCGGGUCCCGAUGCUCUGUCCUUAACUGGAAUGGGUAUUAUUAUUCCGGAAGUGAUGAAUGGCGCCGGCCGUCACUCUGCGCAUUUGGAUCCUGCGAAGGCUACGAUCGGCCUGAAGCUCAAUUUCAUAACACAGCCCAUCUACCUUUGGGCAAUCACCACGGUCAAAACUUCCAUUGCUCUUUUCUUGUUGCGAAUUGCACCAAACAAGUUCUAUAAGAAGUUGUUAUGGGGAAUCAGCGCCUUCUUGAUCAUCUAUACUGCAGUGUGUUUCAUGACCAUCGUAUUUCAAUGCAAGAACUUGGCCGUUCUAUGGGAUUUUGGAGUUAAUACAACGUGCUGGACGGCAACUACCCUUAGAGGUCUAGGUUAUACCAACUCCUCUCUAAACAUCUUUACGGACGUGCUGUUUGCUGUCUUGCCUGUACCUAUGCUAUGGAAUGUCCAAAUUAACCCACGAACAAAAGUAUCUUUGAUCUGCAUUAUGGGCCUUGGAGUCUUUGCCUGCGCAGCAGCUACGGUGAAAUUAUCCUUUCUCGUCAACUACGGCAAAACCGGGGAUUUUCUCUGGGACUCGGCCAAUCUUACCAUUUGGACGGUGACGGAGUGCAAUACGGGCAUUGUCGCGGCAUGUCUGCCAUGCCUAAAACCACUAUUCAAACGCAUCCUUGAAAAGUCCUCUUGGGCAUAUGGAUCCAACAAAAGCGAUAAUAAAACCAACAACUAUCCCCUACAUUCUUGUGGACCUCGCCAGACCCAUGGCUCCCUAUACCAGUAUUCCGCCACUACAAGCCAUGUCACGACGAAAUCUUUAGGGAAUAAAAUCGAUGGAAUAGGAAAAAACUCCAGCGAAGAGAGCAUCUGGCCCCUGCAGAGCAAUGCGAUUACCAAGACCAUGGUGGUUACAGUAGACAGGUCUGGGUCAAGAGGACAUUCGGAGAAGACACCUUGGGCGAAGGUCGACAUAUCACCUAAGAGGGACAUUGAAGAUAUAAUUUAG